CCGUUUACCAUCCGGAGUCCAAUGGCAUGGUGGAAUCUGUUAACAAAUGCAUUUUGGAAGGUAUAAGGCCGAGAUUGGAGCAGCAUAAGGCCAAGUGGGCAGACAAGCUCAACAACGUCCUCUGGGCAUACAGAACCACAAGCCGAACUGCCACAGGUGAAACACCCUACCACCUGGCCUUUGGUACCGAAUCAGUCAUUCCUGUUGAAAUAGGAGUCCCAAGCUUCCGAGUCACCCAUUUCGAUGAAGGACGAAAUGGACAACUGCUUCGGGAAAACCUUGAUCUGCUUGCUGAAGUCAGAGAAGAAGCUCGGCUUCGAACUCUUGUAUACAAAAAAGCUGGCCUAACAGGGUUUGAAACUCGUUUUGGCAAACUCGCCCCGAAUUGGGAAGGCCCUUAUACCGUGGCCGAGGUGCCACAUCCUGGUGCCUAUGUCCUCCAAGACGCUAAAGGAAAGAGAGUUCCUAGAGUCUAGAAUGUCAAUAACUUGAAGAAAUUUUACCCUUAAUAAAAUUCUUUCAAAGAAUCUGUCUUACAGUUCUUGUUUGGUGAUUACUGACAUUCAUUUUAUCUCUUAUUCCAUGUAUCCAAGGUCAAUCAGUACUUAAAUCUCACUUCUGAUUAAUAAAAGUCACUUCACAUG